AUGAGGCGGGGGCCCCCACCGCGCCAGUCGGCCCUGCUAGCGACGGCAGCAGCAGCAGCAGCAACGACUGCAGCAGCAGCAGCAACAACCGCAGCAGCAGUAGCAACGACCACAGCAGCAGCAACGACAGCGUCGUUUUCGACCGACUCGGCCAAGAGGCCGAAGAAGGAGCAACAGCCUGCUGCAGCAGCAGCAGCAGCACGCGAAGACGUUUGUGAUUCGCAGCAGCAGCAGCAGCGACAGCAGCAGCAGCAGCAACAGCAGGUCUUAAGCGAUGCACUGAUAGAGACUGUCACCAAGUGUCUCGACAGGGUGCCCAAGAUCGAAGUUUGCAGCUGCAGCUGCAGCAGCAACAGCAGCAGCAGCAACAGCAGCAGCAGCAACGGAAGCAUCAGCAACGGUAGCAGCAGCAACGGCAGCAGCAGCAACUGCAGCAGCAGCAACGGCAGCAGCAGCAGCAGCUUCAUGUGCCGCAUUACUUACCCAACUCUGGUGCCGUUCACUGGACUGGCAAUCUCAGAGAAGCCCCUCAUCUCUAGCAGCAGCAGCAGCAGCAGCAGCAGCAGCGGAAGCAGUAGCGAGAGCAGCAGCAAAGCUUCCGUUGCUGCUCCGCAGCAAAGCUGGACUGAGCUGGGGGACGUUUCGAAGUCACCUGAGGCCCCCGCUGCAGCAACAGAAACAGCAGAAGCAGCAGCAGCAGCAGAAACAGCAGAAGCAGCAGCAGCAGCAGCAGCAAUAGCAGCAGCAACAGCAGCAGCACGAUUCAACAGGGCCCUUGCUGUUGCUGCUGCUGGCGUCGCCGAGGCAGCCGUUCGCCUCCCUAGGCUUUCAGUUACAGUGCAGUCUCCAGCAGCAUCAGCAGCAUCAGCAGCAGCAGCAGCAGCAGCAGUAACGCCAGCAACAGCAGCAGCAGCAGAAGCAGCAGCAGAAGCAGCAGCCGCAGCAAAUGGUUCAGCCAAAAACAGGAAGGUGAAGAAGCAGCAGGGGCCCCCCUUGGGCGGGGCCUUAGGUGCUGCUGGGUGGCCCCUGUCGCUCGCUAGGGGGCCCCCGCUGCUGCAGCAGCAGCAGCAGCAGGGGUCCCCUUCAGGGGGGCCCCUGCUGCUGCUGCUGGGAGGCGCUUCGGGCAGCGGCAAGAGCUCGCUGCUGCCGCUGCUGCUGCACUUACUGUCUCUAACAUUUCCGCAGCUGUCGCUUCCUGCUGCAGCAAAAGGAGCAGCAGCAGCAGCAGCAGCAAAGGGAGCGCCACCGCCUUACUUGCUGCUGUCCACUGACGGGUUCAGGCAGCUCCUUAGAGCAGCAGCAGCAGCAGCGGCUCCAGCAGCAGCAGCAGCAGCAGCAGCGGCGCCAGCAGCAGCAGCAGCAGCAGCAGGAAGAAAACGAGGGGCCUCCGGGGGCCCCCAAGACUACCUUGUGCGGCAGCUGCUGUUCAGCAGCACUUACCAGCUGAAGCAUUUGGCUGCGGAGCAGCUGAGCAGCAGCUUACCUGCAGCAGCAGCAGCAGCAGCAGCAGCAGCAGCGGGAGCAGUAGCAGCAGCAACAGUGCGCAGCAAAAUAGAAGCAAACAUGAAGGAAGAACUCAGCUUCUUCAAGGGGGGCCCCUCAGCUGGCUGCUGCCUCGUCUGCAAAGAGGGGGCCCCCUGCUGCUCCCUCCUGGGUCUGCUGCAGCAGGCGCUGCUGCUGCAGCAGCUGCUGCUCGAGCCCCUCAUUGCUUCCCUCAUGGGGCCCCCGUCAGCUGCUGCAGCUGCAGCGGGGGCCCCCAGCGGGCCCCAAGGGGGCCCUCAGGGGGGCCCCCGGGGGGGCCCCCCAUUAGAAUUGAUAUUAGUUGAGGGCAUUCAUAUAACGCCAGGUUUUGCUGCUCGACUGCAGCAGCAGUAUGGCGAAAGGUGUUUGUCUCUUGUUGGGUUUUGUUAUUCAAGAGAAGAACAUAUAAGGAGGCUGCAGAAGAGAGAACCUGCUGCUGCUGCUGCUGCUGCUGCUGCUGUGGCUGCUGCUGCUGCAGCGGCAGACGCAGCAGCAGCCAAUGCGCCGGCCGAAGCAACAGCCAAUGCGGACGCAGCAGCAGAAGCAGCAGACGCAGCAGCAGCAGACGCAGUGGCAGAUGCAGACGCAGCAGCAGAUGCAGCAGCAGCAAACGCUGCAAAUGCUGCAGCAGCAGCAGCAGAUGCAGCAGCAGCACCGAAGAGAAAGAGUCAAAAAAGGCGAGGCGAGUUCAGCCCCACAAGGAAGGCAAGCAGGCGGGCAUCAGCUAGCAGCAGCAACGGCAGCAGCAGCAAAGCAAGCAGCAGCAGCAGCAGCAGCAGCGGCAGAAACAGGUACCUGCAAAGCCUCUCCUGCAUCCGCUGCGCUCAGCUGCACAUGUGUCUUGCUGCUGCUUCCACACUUACAAGAAGCAGCAGCAGCAGCAGCAGCAGCGACAGUGUCAGCCGCAACGGUAAGGUCAGCAGCAGCUGCAGCAGCAACAGCAGCAGCGGCGUGACCGCAGGUGUCUUCUUGAGCGAGUUCGCAGAAACUAAAGCGGCAGCAACUGCAGCAGCAGCAGGAAGCAGUCCCUAUGUUGCUUUAGAAAAAUUAAUUUUUGGGGGCCCCCAGGGGGGCCCCCAGAGGGGCCCCCAGGGGGCCCCUUUUGUGCCCUGUACAUACCCAGUGUGUACAGACAGCAUGAGCAGCAGCUUGUUGCUGCUGCAGCAAAUAGCAAGGAAGCAGUGGGGGCCCCUGCUGCAGUAG